GAUUUCCUUGCUUAUUCUCCAAAAAUGUCCCGAGUUUGGUUGUUUGAUUCGCACGAUGAGACACCUUUGUCUUCUAAGUGUUAGUCCUGGGCUCUCCUGAUCUGCACACUGGAGUCUCAUGGUCACCUGCCCCUCAAGAUUCUCUCUCUCUCUCUCUCUCUCUCUCUCUCUCUCACACACACACACACACACACACACACACACACACACUCCGUAAAGCUCUGUAAAUGCACUGUCCCUCUACUAAGGCACAACUCACCCCUCACCUCCCUCCUGGAAUCAACCUAUCAGACUUGGAAAUCCUAGGCGCUGGGUGCUGGCUCCCCUCCUUUGUGCUCAGGGGCCCUACCCUUUCUCGGGUUUCCAACCACGACUGGUCGGCUGCAGGUCGGAUUGGCUGAGCUAGGAAGAGGAGCAGAGGCUUCGCCAAAUCACAAAUCUAGGAUUUUCCUCUUUCCUGGUCUACUCCCUAGAAUCCGGGCAACAGAUGUGCGCCAUUGCUUCUCCCAGAGGAACCCUGCCUGGGGUUGCUAUGGAAACAGGACGCUGCAACUUGCAGAGCAAGUAGGACCCAGACAUCGCUUAGCAGACCUCAGCAAAGCGACUGUCCUGCGCUGACUUUCCACAUCUACACAAUCCCUUUCAUCCAGAAGUUUUUUUGUGUGUGUUUUUUUUUCUUGAUUCCCUCUAUGGAAGACUCCACUGCCCUGGCGCCAGAAAAAGAAAACCAGGAAUCGCGGGAAGAAGGGAGGCCGUGGGACGAAAUGACAGCAGCUUCUACCCAAGAUCCUCAGCCUGGAUUAUCUGAGCACCCGGAGUCAGAGCAGGGGCCUGACACUGGACCCCAGCCCGGGACCAGCCCACCUGGGAGCCCGCCCGGGAGCAGCCCACCUGUGCAUGACCUCCAGGGACCAGGUGCAUCGCCAUGUGCGCCUCCUCGGGAGACCUCCCCUCCUCCUCUGGCUCUGUCGGGACAGCACCUCGCUGCACAGUGGCGCUCAGACAAGACCGCGAGGGCGAUUCCUGAGGCCGGGACACCUCACCCUGACCACCUGCAACAAUCAUCUGAUGAAGGAGAAUCAAUGCCUCAUCAAACAGGCCAGUCAAAGUGGUACGCCUUUCAACAGCUUCAGCAAACCGACGGUCACCUGUAUGAGCCGAGGGACGCGAACUGUAACAACUCUAAACAGGAAGACCUGAGAUGUGACAUUUCUCAGGAGGAAAACUCGGACAGUAAACGUCACCUGGGUGAGCGUGAGCCUGAGCCUGAGCCUGAGCCUGAGCCUGAGCCUGAGCCUGAGCCUGAAGCGGCCCCCAGCAUGCUUGAGAUUGCCGUUCAGAACGCUAAGGCUUACCUACUGAAGACCAGUAGCAAGUCAGGCUUAAAUCUAUAUGACCAUCUUUCUAAUAUGCUGACCAGGAUCUUAGAUGAGCAUCCUGAAAAUGCUGUGGACAUCAUUGAAAAUAUUAGCCAAGAUGUAAAGAUGUCACAUUUUAGUAAAAAACUAGAUACACUCCAAAAUGAGAAUGAGAUGCUUCCAACAUAUGAAAUAGCAGAGAAGCAAAAGGCUCUUUUUCUCCAGGGAAAUUUGGAAGGAGCUGACCAAGAACUGGAAGAUGAAAUGGCAGAAUACUCUCUCCCAAAUGUAAUGGAGUCAGCAUUUUAUUUUGAACAAGCUGGAGUUGGUUUGGGCACCGAUGAGAUUUAUCGCAUAUGUCUUGCCCUCAAGCAGCUUACUGACACCCACCCAAUCCAAAGAUGCCGUUUCUGGGGCAAGAUCUUGGGUCUGGAAAUGAAUUAUAUUGUAGCUGAAGUGGAAUUUCAUGAAGGAGAAGAUGAAGAGGAGGUGGAAGAGGAAGAUGUAACUGAAGAGAGGGACAAUGGAGAGAGUGAAGGUGAAGAAGAUGAGGAUGAAUUACCAAGGUCCCUUUACAAGGCCCCACAGCCUAUACCAAAAGAAGAAAGCAGAACAGGUGCCAACAGAUACAUUUAUUUUGUUUGCAAUGAACCAGGAAGACCAUGGGUGAAGUUACCAUCAGUUACACCUGCACAAAUUGUUAUUGCAAGAAAAAUCAAGAAAUUUUUCACUGGGCGAUUGGAUUCUCCCAUCAUCAGCUACCCACCUUUCCCAGGAAAUGAGAGUAAUUACCUACGAGCACAAAUUGCCAGAAUUUCAGCAGGGACCCAUGUCAGCCCUUUAGGAUUCUAUCAGUUUGGUGAAGAGGAAGGAGAGGAGGAGGAAGAAGUAGAAAGUGGGCGAGAUAACUUUGAAGAAAACCCUGAUUUUGAAGGCAUCCAAGUGGUUGAUCUAGUGGAAUCCCUAUCCAAUUGGGUUCAUCAUGUACAACAUAUACUCCCUCAGGGUCGCUGUAAUUGGUUCAACCCCAUACAAAAAAGUGAAGAGGAAGAAGAAGAAGAUGAUGAAGAAAAAGAAGAAGAGAAAGGAGAAGAGCCUGACUACAUAGAACAGGAAGUGGGGCCUCCUCUCUUGACACCAAUCUCUGAAGAUUUAGAGAUCCAGAAUACACCACCUUGGACAACACGACUAUCUUCAAAUCUCAUUCCUCAAUAUGCUGUUGCUGUUCUCAGAUCCAACCUUUGGCCUGGAGCAUAUGCCUUUUGCAAUGGCAAAAAGUUUGAAAAUCUCUACAUAGGCUGGGGUCAUAAAUAUAGUCCAGACAGCUAUGCACCUCCAGUUCCACCACCAGCUUGUCAAGAAUACCCCAAUGGACCAGAAAUUACAGAAGCGGAUGACCCCAGUGUGGAAGAGGAGCAGGCUUUCAGGACUGCACAGGAAGCUGCUGCGCUUCCAGCCGAGGAAAGCGAAGAAACUGAGGAAGAUGAAGAUGAUUAUGACUAA